GCCGGCAGCUUGCAGACACACUACAGUUUACAGACCGAUCUUCAGAUUUCUAUCCGCCUUCGACAAUAGAGUGAUCGGCGAUGAAAUCUGCCCGUUUCAAGGGAACGACUAAGUAUAUUAAAGCAUUGGCAAUUAUGAGAAAGAACCUAAUGAUGGACGACAGACUGGCAACAAAAUUGUGAAGACACACCGGAGUCGACUCCAUUGUUCGAGGGAGGGGACAAUACGUUAGCUGGUCCGGAAUUUUAACAGAUGCCUGCCAAAAAGUGCUGAGACCGAAGUAGGAUGUCGAUGGUAACAGCAAGUUUCUUGGCCGAAUCGGCUGAAAACUCGUCGUUUUUUAAUGAUUCUCACUUCAACUCCUCUAUGAACGAGGUCAACUACUGCGACAGCCUGGAUCACCCUACGUUGUACAUAUUCACCCAAGUUUUGUACGGGCUGGUCUGCGGGGUCGGCCUGUUCGGCAACUCUUUGGUCAUAUACGUUGUCCUGAGGUACUCGAAAAUGCAGACGGUCACCAACAUGUACAUCGUCAACCUGGCUGUGGCCGACGAAUGCUUCUUGAUCGGAAUCCCGUUUCUCAUAGCGACGAUGCACCUGCAGCUUUGGCCGUUCGGCAACGUCAUCUGUAAAAUUUAUAUGACAACGACUAGCAUCAAUCAAUUCACGAGUAGCAUUUUCCUGACGAUCAUGUCUGCCGACCGAUACAUCGCCGUCUGCCAUCCUAUAUCGGCUCCAAAAAUGAGGACGCCGUUUAUAUCGAAAAUAGUCUCGCUCAGCGCCUGGACGGCGAGCGCGAUUUUCAUGAUCCCGAUUUUUAUGUACGCCAGCAUCAUGGACAACGACCAAGUGAAAAGUUGCAAUAUUUUGUGGCCCGAGAGCGAGAACAUAAGCGGGCAAACUGCGUUUACACUUUAUUCGUUCGUGCUGGGAUUCGCCAUACCUUCCGGGCUCAUAUUAGUCUUCUACUUUCUUGUGAUCAGAAAACUGAAAACUGUAGGACCGAAGAAUAAAUCAAAAGAGAAAAAAAAGUCGCACAGAAAAGUGACUAAACUGGUUCUGACGGUGAUCACCGUGUACGUGUUGUGCUGGCUUCCAUAUUGGUUAACCCAGAUGGCAUUAAUAUUUACGCCCCCAAAACAGUGCCAGACGAGGCUCACAGUCGCCCUCUUCCUUUUCGCGGGGUGUCUGAGCUACUCGAAUUCGGCUAUGAACCCGAUACUGUACGCCUUCCUCAGCGACAACUUCAAAAAAAGUUUCCUCAAAGCAUGCACGUGCGCCGCUGGCAAAGAGGUCAACGCCACGCUCCACCUUGAAAACAGCGUGUUCCCGAGGAGGACCCAGAGGGGCGGGUCCGAGAGGGCCAGGGUGGCAAGGGGCCGAGAAGACCCCCAAGAAGUGGGCCUCCUCGUUAGCAAAUCCGACCAUUCCACCGCACUGACUUCAAGAUCAAACAUUACAGUCUCGAGCGACACCAAUACGCCCGUCAAGAACGGAGUCAAGCUCAAUCUCGAACCUACAGAUCUAUAAAAUUACCGAAAAUAAAAUCGAUCUAUGUACACAUAUCAUAUGAGUCGUUUAUGGUAAAACACCACUUCUUGACUAAUUGGUGACGAAAGGCGCGCUGGGAGAAUCUCAUUUCAACAUACUACAUCUCGACAAGAUAGGACAAGAUCUCUACAUGUAUUUUGCCUAUUAACAAAACAAAGUCAUGCUUACGUUAAUAAAGCUAAAGUAGCCCUUGGCCCCGACACUUCUCAAAUUCCUCAGCAUCUAUCUUGCAAAGCAUCGUAAAUUCGGAUUGGUUCGUAUGGGCAACGAGGAAGGCAGAGGUACCUAUCAUUGCUACGAAGUAGAAAUUCUGUCAGCAUUAAAACUGUUUUAACGGCCAACGACAGUAUAGUGAUGUUUUGGCACAAACAACCCGUAAAAAGGAAACCUAACAAUAUACAAGUUUACAGUAUUUGAUGUAUUGACGAAAAUGUGUUUUAUCAUUUAUAGCUUUACGAAUCUGGUCUAUGUGUAGUAUAAAAAUCCUUCCCUACCAUAUUCCUAAUAUAGUCGUUCUUAUAUUGUAAAUAAAUCUCUUACUGGAUUGGUUCAGUGUUAGAUUAAGAAAAUACGAUUGUGUGUCUAGUCAAAACCUAUGUGAUGCGGUAGCCGUCCUGCUGCCAUACUGAGCCCGCCUUCAUCCGCCGGAACUGCUACCGAAUCCAGCCAGUUUGAUGUUCCAGCUCCAGCGGAUAGGCGUGGCGGCAUUUCGGCCCACCAAGCACACACUCCUUUCAUAUCCCACCUCAUCUACCAGUCAUGCAGGGUACAUCUUAUUUGUAUAGCAUUAUAUAAUAUUAUAUAUAUAUUACUAUUGUACAAAUAAAAAUGCUCAUCAUUAUGCCGCCUUUGAUUACAACCUCCUAGUCAUUGUCACUUAUUAUUGUUAAGCCACUAUUUUAACGUUGUUUUCAAACUAAAAAAUAUUCAUCUUAUUACACCGCCCACACAAAGUUGUUAGUUUGGCACAAUUGAUGCAGUUACAUUAUGUCUAUGAUGAUAAAUUAAUACUACGAAUGACUUAGUCAAUCAAAAUUGAUCAAUCAAGAUGGUAAAAAAAAAAAUAAAGGUUAAAGGUUUGGAAAAAUAAAUUCUAAGUGUAAAACAAUAUUAUUAAGUAGAAAUAUGAAACAUAACAUGAGCAAUUGAAGUUCAUUUUACAUCACAGCCAAAAAUUUACAUUAAAAUAAAAUUCACAUGUAUUCAUAAAUAACAAUAAAUGAGACAUUGAAUCAGAAAAGUUAUAACACUUCAAGAAAAUACACACUUUUUACAUUACAACACUACCACAUAAAAACAGGUUUUUUGAUUAAAACACAAAAUAACAACAAGUACACUAAAGACCCUUUUUUAGUUUGACAUUAUUUAUACAUUUAAUAGGCCCUUUUUGCAUAAAAUCUACUCAUCGGGUCAUAUCGUUUCGUGAAAAAAUAAAAUGUGUAUUUUUGACCCCUAAAAAGAGUCAUGAUUUGUGCUCUGAUUAUCCGCAUAAUCGCAUAUCAUUACAAACCACUAGUGUUUAACAUAAAAUAUUGACUAAUUUACACUAUUUAAAUCUUAUUAAUAACAUCUUACAUCUAUAAUAAUAAACGUAGGAAAAGUGCGAAUUGCCUUUCAGUUAUUCUUUGAAAAAGUUUUCUUUUGAGAAAUUCUCUACAAUAUCAAUUAAAGGAUAUGUUAAAACUAAUUUGGCAUUACAUAAAUAGCAGUCGCAUCUAUUUAACCCAU